AUGAGUCAUUCUCAUAGUCAGAUAAUGUCUCUUCCGAUUGUUCCUCCAACUGUUUCUGCCCGUUUCGCGAGUAUGAAGGACCAUUUUGAUUUGACUGGAAAGUGCAGUCUUUGUGAGAUUCGAUCAAAGGACCUUUUAAUUGAUGAAUCAACCCAUUUCAUUUCUAUUGUUCCUUUUGCUGCCACUUUUCCUUUUGAAAUAUGGAUCAUUCCUCGGGACCACUCUUCACAUUUUCACGAAAUAGAUGCCGAGAAGGCGGUUGAUCUUGGGGGUUUACUGAAACUUAUGCUUCUAAAGAUGUCUUUGCAGUUGAACAAUCCACCAUUCAAUUUCAUGAUCCACGCUUCCCCACUUCAUGUGACCCCCUCACUGUUUCCUUACCUUCACUGGUUUCUUCAAAUAGUACCCCAGUUGAGUGGUGUAGGGGGGUUCGAGUUAGGGACGGGUUGUUACAUAAAUCCUGUUUUUCCAGAGGACGCUGCAAAAGUCUUGAGGGAAGUAAGUGUUCCUAACUAAGGAUGAAUUGAUUACAAUUGUAUUCUUAAUGUAAUUUACACUAAAUGAGGGUAAUAGCAUUGACUCUCGGAAUUUUGAACAAAAUUUAGUAUUCAAAUAACCCGUGCUCGAGACUGAAGUCCUACCCGGAUAGUUGGAGCCCUCUAUAAUGGAGUGGCAGGUUGAUGGUUUGCGUCCUCCUUUCCCUUUCCCUCCCCCUCCCUGUAGUGUAAAAAAAAAAAAAAACUGUGCUUGAGUUUCUUUUGAAGCGAUGGAGGAUGUACUGAUGAUAGCAUUUCUUCUUUAGAUGAAUUGAGAGGGGAUGCUUAAUGGUAUGGUGUGAUUGCAUGAGUAGCUGGUUUAUUCUUGAGGAGAAACUACAUGUUACAAGAUCAAUACGAUUCAUUUUAGCUUCAAAGUUAUCAUCAUUUUCUGAACAAGGCAUGGUUGAAUGGUUG